AGGACAUUGACCCAAGCCAGCUCGUUGUGCAGAGAUCAAGGAAGCCACAACCGCUCAAGAAGUCUGAGGACCUGGUCUUUGGCCGCAAUUUCACCGGUAACACUCUUCAAGGCCUGCAAAGUGAGACAUCACGCUUACCCUUCGACCUUCAGACCAUAUGCUCACUAUCGAGUGGAACAAGACCACUGGCUGGCAAAAACCUCAUAUCGUGCCCUACCAGAACCUGUCACUCGAUCCCGCCACCUGUGUGUUCCACUACGCAUUUGAGUGCUUUGAGGGUAUGAAGGCGUACAAGGACAAGGCGGGCCAGAUUCGCUUGUUCCGACCGGAGAAGAAUAUGGAGCGCUUCAACAAGUCCGCCGCACGCAUUGCCCUCCCUAACUUCAGCUCGACCGCCCUCAUCGACCUGAUCGCCCAAUUCGCCAAACUUGAGAGCCGCUUUAUUCCUCAAGAACGGGGCUACUCUCUAUACCUGCGCCCGACUAUGAUCGGUACGCAGAAGACACUAGGAGUUAACCCGCCCGGAUCUGCUCUGCUUUUCGUCAUCGCCUCGCCCGUGGGGCCUUAUUACCCGACAGGAUUCAAGGCCGUUUCUCUCGAGGCCACCGAUUAUGCUGUGCGCGCAUGGCCGGGCGGUGUGGGCGACAAGAAGUUGGGCGCCAACUAUGCACCGUGCAUCGUGCCUCAGCGCGAGGCCAUGAGCCGCGGCUUCCAGCAGAACCUGUGGCUCUUUGGUGAAGAGCAGUACGUGACUGAGGUCGGAACCAUGAACUUCUUCGUCGCCAUGAAGAAUAAGCAGACAGGCCAAAAGGAGUUGAUCACCGCGCCGCUCGACGGCACUAUUCUUGAGGGCGUCACGCGCGACUCGGUGCUCUCGCUUGCCCGCGAGAGGCUCGCCCCGGAGGGCUGGAAUGUGGUGGAGCGCAAGUAUACCAUGAAGGAGCUGGACGAGGCGGCCAGCGAAGGCCGACUCAUUGAGGCAUUCGGCGCUGGCACGGCAGCCAUUGUGAGCCCCGUGCGCACCAUCAGCUGGAAGGGCAAGCUCGUGCACUGCGGGUUGAAAGACCACGAGGAGUCGGGCGAGAUCGCCACAAAAAUGAAGAACUGGAUUGAGGCGCGGCAAUAUGGCGAUGACGAGCACGAAUGGAGCUACAUCUGUUAGGGCGGUCUGGGGAUGUUUAGAUUCUGUAUAUAGCUAGCAUUGCGAACGGACAUAGGCGAUCUAGGCGGCCUUUGAGUCGGAAGCCAGCACGGCCAGAAAGUGCCGUCAAUGGGUUUCAUAGCGUCGAUAUCCUCAAUUGAGAAGAGUGGUCAGCCUCGAAAGCCACCAUGUGGGA